AUGGAUGACUAUGAACACAGUGUGCACGUCUCCGAGCGUGACUGGGACUCCUUCUUUCAGGAGUGCGAGGAGUGUGACCUCUUCCCCCCCGCGCUGGCUGGAUUGGACUCUAGCAUUAGUGACUCCAGCAUGAGUGACAUUGAUGAUGCGGGAGGGUCCACUUUCUUAGACAGGCGUCUGCUAGCUGACCUCAAGUCAGAUGCUUGGGAGGCUGUCUUCCCCAUGGACGGCCCCCCGGAUUGCGAGGGUUCUCCCGUGGAGCAUUACCUCAGCAAGUACGGUGUCGGUAGCUUGGAAAAUGUCCUCUCGUGCAGCGAGGAUGAGGAUCUGCACCUGGAGUCUGUCAAUAGGUUCUUUGAGAGGCUUAAAAGUCUCCCGGAGGCUGAACAGCUUAUUGAGCACAGCCAAGCAACAGUGGGAAAAAGCAGCAAGGUGGCGCAGGGAGAGGUGUGUGGUGAUGGGCCACGAGCCAACGACGGCGCUUUGCCAAUAAACAACCCAGAGUUAAAUUCCCUGUCUGCCAGCAGUAAGGCAGCAACUGGCAUGGAAACCACAGAGCCAGACAAUGCCAACACAACAGAUAGGUCUGACUCCAAGAUGGCCCCUGAGCUCCCAGUCAAUGAUGCCUCUGAGGGCAAGACAGACAAAUCCACCAAUCCCAAUGUGGAGUUGGCCAUCAGAGAGGAGGAUUGGUUGUUGGUGCCAGCAAAUGAAGCAGGAAGGCAGAAAAGAGAGGGUCAAUCCCGUGACUUAUUCAAAGAGAUAUUGGAAAUGACAGCCGACUCAUUAAAUACACCUGCCUCUGGGAAAGUGCUGAACUCAGAGUUAGCUGUAUGCAAAAGUGUGGGUGACGAGAGUCAUGGAGAUAUCAUGUUAGAUAAACCACUUCUUAAGAAAAGCUCUGAUUCAUGCCUUAACCCUGAUAGGGAUUCAUCUACAAACCUUGAAGUGAUGCCAUAUGAUAAAUCAACAGAAGGCAAAUAUCUUGCUGUCACACCACCAAAGAAAGACCCAGAACAGCAGAGUGUAAGAAGCCCAGAUCAGUCUCCAUCAUUCACCAUUAAAAAGAAGAGAAGGAGAAAAAAAACUGUCAGUAUUGAGCCCAUGGAGGCAGGCCACGGGUACAAGAGGCAGUUUUUUGCCAAUAAUAGUGACUCCGGCAAGGAGAGAUGUGUACGGGGAAUAGAAAUGGAUGCUCAUGUAAGACUAUCAAGAGAUUACACUGCAGUUUACGUGAAUGAGGCCGGCUGUGAGCAUAUCAAAUCCUCAGCUCACCAAACGCACAGUUCUCAGUGUCCACCCACACACUCAGAAAUACUCCAAGGGAGAGCCAGAAACAAUGUGCCACCUGGGCCAACUGCAGUGGAGCAUGACGAAAUGAGCCUCAAUUUACCAACUCCCCCUCUAAGAGAUCGUCAAAGUCAAACGCUAACUGAGAAGAAUGAGUUGAGGCUAGUAAAAUCUGAGCCUCUUGGUACGGAGGCUAAGUGCAAACAAGCCAAAUCUAGCUUGCCUAUAAACAGUGAAGGCACUGAUCGAUCAAGAUCCGCACCAUGUCGAGCUGUUGACAGCGGUUUGUCAACACCUAAUUAUGAUGGUAAUGUCGCAGCAAAUUUACAGCCAAGCAGCGCAUUACAAUUACAGCCAUCAACGGAAUUUAAAGAAUGUCCAGUCUCGAUGUCCACCUGUGCUUCUAGUGAGUCGCCUCCAGUCACAGAGGAAGGAAAGUUUGGCUCAGACAACAUCGCAAAAUAUCGAAGAGAGUCUGGGCCUCUGCAACUGCAAGAAGUGAAUGGAAAGACUCAAAACAGGGACACCUCAUCUGAGGAUCUCAAUACACCAGAAUCAACAGAACAUAACACUGCCCUCAGAAAUAACACCUCAUUCACCUCUAAAGUCAGCAGUGGUGUUAUUAUUUCAAGCACAUUGCAGCUGCCUGCUCAUGAAAACAUAGUCCUCAAGAUGCACCAAGAAUUAAAAAAUGGACUCAUCCCAACUCUUGAUAAGACUAUGGCAUCAGAAGUGGUCAGCACUAACACAACACUAAAACCUACCAAGACACCAUUACCUGGCAAAAUCAAUAGUUUCAAUGAGCCCUGCUGUUCAAAAUCAGACGAUGUAAUCAGUCAAACAACAUAUGGAAACCAGACAGUUAAGUCAACUAUUAUUCUGGAUGCAACUACCGAGAGGCCAGUAUUAGCGAUGCCUCUUUUUACUGUCUCUUGUUACUCUGUUAUUCCAAAGAGUGCUAUGAACUCUAAUCAGGCAGAUGAAAUAAAUGAUACUCACAUAAGUAAUAAUGUCACUGAAAAAGACCCUGAUUCAUCUGCUCCAGAGAAUGUUCCAUUAACUCAAUCAAAUAUUUCACUGAAUGGACUUUCUAAUUCCCCUGAUUUACAAAUGGAAGGCAGCCAAAUUGUUGGGUUUCAGUCUAACAAAACAUCUAUGGUAGCACUGCCAGAUAAACGUAACACUGUUAUAGACUUGCCAGUAACGUUAUUUGAAAGCUCUGAUGCACCUGAUAUUCAAACCAGAUUCAAUGGUCAAGAAGCGAAACUUUCCAUUGGCAAAGCAACAAGUGAGAGGGAGAGGGAAAUGUCUGAACAUGAUAGCCAGGAUAUGUCACAAGAUACACCAGAACUCAAAGUUGAUAUAGAGGUCAAAACAGAGGACACUGUUACCACAGCCAAAACAGCAGAGUGUGACGGGAUUAAAAAAGCACCUGACGAAACACGUCCUGUGUACGCCAUCUCCGCUUUUUGGAAUGAGAUGGAGAAGCUGACCAUUAAUGACAUCUUGCGACUGCGUAUGGUCAGCAAUGCCCAGCAGUCCAGUGUUCUCCCCCAGCCACCAGAGAGUGAGGCAGCCGACACCUCCGAUGCCGCAGACUCAGGUUACUUCACUCACCUGGAAGACUACAAACCUCACCGCUCCAGUGGCGACAUGUCCACCAUUUCUGAUUUUGACAAAGAAUUCUCACAACAUCAAAAUGCUGAUAAUCCAAGCACUGAUCCAAUCAUGAGUGAUGAGUCACCCAACUCUAUUGGUAUCUUGUGGGAAAGCGAGCCAGACUCAGUUAGCGUUGGGGCUGGUAUAUACCCUGAAAAUGUAGCAAUGCCAAGUUCCGCAAGUGACAUCCCCCUACCAAUCUUUUCAGGCAGUGCCCGACAGUACUUAAGAAAAAUUCGCAAAAAUGUCAGCGUGCAGAACCUACUAGCUCUGGAAGUUGAACCCCUUUGCCAGGUGUUGAAAGGUCGGGCCUUACCUGCUGUCAUAUCAGAGGAAGGAGAACCAGAAAUGGAGUCCUGCAAUGAUGGACAUUUAGUGAGGCAACACAGUGGCAUGGAUUCUUUACCUCCAGCUUCUUUUUCGGAGGAUGUGUCAACAGAAAGCAAUCAGAUUUCUUUCUCUGAGAUCAUCCAGUACAUCUUUGGAGGAAAUAAAUCGGAGCCCAGUCCAUCGGAAACAGACAACAUGGCCGCCUACUAUGUCAACAGUGAUUCAGUCCCUGAGUAUGAGCAUUUCUACUCAGAGUUUGAUGCAGGAAGCUUCUUCUACCCUGUCAGGGAGGCAUCAGGCCACAACAAGGAUGAGCAGGUGCCCAUCUUUUCCUGCGGCCGUUCGGCCAACAAGAAUCUUCAGUUCCCGGAGGCCUAUGAUAAUUUCUUCUCCAGUGACUCGUCUGUAGACUCGGAUGAGGAUGAUAACCAAGACCGCAGUCCGAUCCGGGUGAUCACGCGGUUUAACCAUAAGCCAAGUGAGACCCAAGGUGUCAUAGUGGCUCCGGACAUAUAUGAGGACUUUUUCACAGACGAGGGACUGAGUGAGAACCUCUUCUGGAAAAACUAUUUCUCCCUGCGGAAGGUCAGCUUCACUGGCUCCACCAGCCAAAGUCAGAGAUCUCACUCCUGGUCGCUGGUUUCUGUGGAUGAGAUCAAGAGUUCAUUCCGCAGAACCAUUAGACCCAUCAACGCACUGGGCAUCCAAGACAAGCCUUUUCCUGAUCAAUUGCUGUACAACCUAGAGGGCAGGAUCUUCAGGCAGCUGGCCGAACAGAAGAGGAGAUAUCCGGAUCUGCAGAUGGUCGCUGCUAAUCCCAGUAAGACCAUUUUCUCUAUUAUGAUCUCAUACACAUUAUUAUGCACAUUCAGCACUUGGAGUCUUCAAGUAUUUAUUAUUUUUUAAAGAUCUAACCCAGCUGGGAAAACUGACAUAUUUCUUGACAUCAUGGCCAAGAUGUAUACUGGUUGUAAAAUGAUGUGUUUUUUUACAACCAGAAAAUGUACUUACCAUGUCAAAUUUUGCAAGCUGGCAAGAGGUAGUGCAAUCUAAUAGUUGAUGACAAUCACGUUAGAUGAAGACCUUAGUCAUAAUCCAUUACUAACUAUUGUAAUCUUAGUGGGCUCCCUCAACCCAGCUGUCAAUGAACACUGACUAGACGCACGUAGUAGUGCUAAGCCAAGUGCCAGAGGAAUGGUUGGACGUGAUAACUCUUCUUCACUCACUGUCUGUGUCCUCUCAAGCUGCCCAGUGCCAAGCAUUAUUCACAUGUUUGCCAUCAAAUGGGAAGUAUAAAUAGUCCCACAAUGGUAGCCAAAAGAGCACCAUUCCAUCCAGCAAGCAGCUCUAAGACGGAACAGUGACCUUGACCAUACAUAUACACUACCAGUCAAAAGUUUGGCCACACCUACUCAUUCAAGGGUUUUUCUUUAUUUUUACUAUUUUCUACAUUGUAGAAUAAUAGUGAAGACAUCAAAACAAUGAUAUAACAAAUAUGGAAUCAUGUAGUAACCAAAAAAGUGUUAAACAAAUCAAAAUAUAUUUUAUAUUUUAGAUUCUUCAAACUAGCCACCCUUUGCCUUGAUGACAGCUUUGCACACUCUUGGCAUUCUCUCAACCAGCUUCAUGAGGUAGUCACAUGGAAUGCAUUUCGAUUAACAGGUGUGCCUUCUUAAAAAUUAAAUUUGUGGAAUUUAUUGAUUUCUUAAUGUGUUUGAGCCAAUCAGUUGUGUUGUGACAAGGUAGGGGGGGUAUACAGAAGAUAGCCCUAUUUGGUAAAAGACCAAGUCCAUAUUAGAACAGCUCAAAUAAGCAACGAGAAACGACAGACCAUCAUUACUUUAAGACAUGAAGGUCAGUCAAUACGGAACAUUUCAAGAACUUUUAAAGUUUCUUCAAGUGCAGUCUCAAAAACCAUCAAGCGCCAUGAUGAAACUGGCUCUCAUGAGGAUUGCCACAGGAAAGGAAGACCCAGAGAUACCUCUGCUGCAGAGGAUAAGUUCAUUAGAGUUACCAGCCUCAUAAAUUGCAGUCCAAAUAAAUGCUUCACAGAGUUCAAGUAACAGACACAUCUCAACAUCAACUGUUCAGAGGGGACUGUGUGAAUCAGGCCUUCAUGGUUGAAUUGCUGCAAAUAAACCACUACUAAAGGACACCAAUAAUAAGAAGAGACCUGCUUGGGCCAAGAAACACGAGCAAUGGACAUUAGACCGGUGGAAAUAUAUCCUUUGGUCUGGAGUCCAAAUUUGAGAUUUUGGGUUCAAAUCUGCGUGUCUCUGUGAGACGCGGUGUGGGUGCAUGGAUGAUCUCUGCAUGUGUAGUUCCCACCGUAAAGCAUAGAGGAGGAGGUGUUAUGGUGUGGGGGUGCUUUGCUGGUGACACUGUCUGUGAUUUAUUUAGAAUUCAAGGCACACUUAACCAGCUUGGCUACCACAGUAUUCUGCAGCGAUACGCCAUCCCAUCUGGUUUGGGUUUAGUGGGACUAUCAUUUGAUUUUUCAACAGGACAAUGACCCAACACACCUCCAGGCUGUGUAAGGGCUAUUUUACCAAGAAGGAGAGUGAUGGAGUGCUGCGUCAGAUGACCUGGCCUCCACAAUCCCCCGACCUCAACCCAAUUGAGAUGGUUUGGGAUGAGUCGGACGGGAGAGUGAAGGAAAAGCAGCCAACAAGUUCUCAGCAUAUGUUGGAACUACUUCAAGACCGUUGGAAAAGCAUUCCAGGUGAAGCUGGUUGCGAGAAUGCCAAGAGUGUAUAAAGCUGUCAUCAAGGCAAAGGGUGGCUAUUUGAAGAAUCUAAAAUCUAAAAUAUAUUUUGAUUUGUUCAACACUUUUUUGGUUACUACAUUUUACAUUUACAUUUUAGUCAUUUAGCAGACGCUCUUAUCCAGAGCGACUUACAGUUAGUGAAUACAUUAUUUUUUUUUAUACUGGCCCCCCGUGAUUCCAUAUGUGUUACUUCAUAGUUUUGAUGUCUUCACUAUUAUUCUACGCUGCAAAAAAUAGUAAAAAUAAAGAAAAACCCUUGAAUGACUAGGUGUGUCCAAACUAUUGACUGGUUCUGUACAUAGCACAAUGUCUUUAACAUGCUGAUCAACAAUUAUUCACCCAUACAUUGGCCUUAAAGGGAAGUUAGCAAAACACAUAUCCCUUAUAGGUGAACAAAAACACCUGGGUGCCACAGAGCUGUCCCAGUGUCACACUGUAGAUUGUUUGGAAUUAGUCCAGGUACCACUGUGGCUGGAACCUGAUCAGGGGACAGUGUAAAAAAACUGGAAGUUUCCUGCCUAAUGUAAUGAGGCCUGGUCUGUCUGGAGCAGGUAUGGGAUUUUAGAUCAAUGAUAAUCACACUGAUGUCACCCUGGACAUAUUCCCCGCGUGAUCAUGCAUUAUCACAGUAAGCCCAUUUCCUCUGUGCUCCAUGGGGACAAUUGUACUCACAAGACAGCUGAACAAUGCCACCUCCCCACUGAUCUUAUAUUUUCAUUUUGGAGCCAAAGAGCACACAAAGUACUCCAAAGUACUCUCAGACCAACAGUUUUACCUGUGUGUCAUCUUUACUAUUGCAUAGGUCUUUUCCAUCUAUUCUGUUAUACUUGUAUGAGACAAAUACCUUUUUCAAUCUACUGAACCGAGCCAACUUGUACUGUGCUGGCCUCAUUACGCAUCCACCAAAGUUGCUGGAGCCGUGCUGGAGAGGACGGUGUAAAAAGAAAAUAUCCAAGCCAGCACAGUACGGUUGGCGUUGGCACAAUAAUAUGAAAAGGGUAGUACAGUAGAGAAUGUUCAAUCUUGAAAGUGAUACAUUUUGUUUGACUAUUUACACAGCAACAUACUGUGUCCUUUGUAGGGUUAGAUGCCUCCCUUGUACCUCUCAGACAGUCAGACAUGUGUUUAGUCUGCAUCGCAUUCGCCUCCUGGGUGUUGAAGUCCGCUAACCCACAAGCUGGAGAUGCCUGGAAGGCUGGUACGUACAUGAGCAAAUUCUAUAGACCUGGGCCUGGUUUCCCAAAAGCAUCUUAAUGCUAAGUCCAUCGUUAGAACCUUUGUAUGAGCAUUGUUAAAUCUCCUAGCUGUCUAAAGUUGCACUUGAAAAUGCUUGUUAUUUAACGAUUGCCUCAGACCACUCGUAGAACAGCUAUGUGUGUCGUCAGUGACCUUGACCAUACAUAUACUCUACCAGUCAAAAGUUUGGCCACACCUACUCAUUCAAGGGUUUUUCUUUAUUUUUUACUAUUUUCUACAUUGUAGAAUAAUACUGAAGACAUCAAAACUAUGAAAUAACACAUAUAGAAUCAUGUAGUAACCAAAAAAGUGUUAAACAAAUAAAAAAUAUAUUUUAUAUUUGAGAUUCUUCAAACUAGCCACCCUUUGCCUUGAUGACAGCUUUGCACACGUUUUGCAUUCUCUCAACCAGCUUCAUGAGGUAGUCACCUGUGUGGGUUAGUGUUAGGGUUAGAAUUAGGUUUAGGGUUAGGGUUAGGAGAUGGGGUUAGGUUUAGGGUUAGGGGUUAGGGAAAAUAGGAUUUUGAAUGGGAAUGAAUUUUGUGUCCCCACAGGGUUAGUUAUAAAAGACUAUGUGUGUGUGUGUGUGUGUGUGUGUGUGUGUGUGUGUGUGUGUGUGUGUGUGUGUGUGAGUGAAUUUGAGAGAGAUAGAGCGGUGGUGUGUGUGUGUGGGAAUGUUGGACAUGUUCACUCAAUCAGAGUCACAGUUUUGACACUAUGGUAGUCCUGGGGUACAGGCUUGGUGGGCCCAUAAUUUUCAUUCCCAGCACUCCACCCAGACCUCAUUAGGUUUGUUACAACUAACGCUGACCCUUGCAGCCAUUAGCUAGCUUCAACUGUAACUACAUGUUCAAAGUUUAGCAUUGCUAACUUACAUCAAAUAUAUCUAGACAAACUGGUUUCAAACAUGAAAUACGUUUGGUUAAUCUAACUACAAAGCAGGUGAUACCAUCACCAAAAACAAUUGGGCCCAAAAAAUUACUUUCUUACCCCAAAAUCUGAUUAAAAAAAUAAAUAAAAAAUCAGCAAGGUUUAUCACAGGGUCUUGCUUCUUCACAUGAGGGUUGAGGACUAAACUGAGCAUGUGCACAGUGAGUCACAUUAUUUUAGCUUGUACCUGAUUGGAGAUAUUGAGAGUCUUACAACUAUCCUGUUUUACAACCGUCCCAGUCUCCUCUAAACAUCUUAUCCCGUUUACUGUUGUUUUUGCUGUCUGUGCAGGCUCAGUUUUGCAUAUCAUGGGUGUUGUGUGAUGAAGUUUUCAUCUGAUUGUCAAACAAAUCACUUAAAAAAUGUGUCUACCUGCGCAGUUCGAUCCACCAUAAUAAUUUAGCCUACUACAAUUCAUUUUCUGCUUAUAAUUUCCGACAUUUGGUAGGCAAAUUGUUUGUCAACUAUAGUUUGAUACAUGCAGCUUCUCUUCUGUCAUAGCCUAACUUGUUUCCCCAGAAGACGAAAUAAAGUAGUGCUCAACAGAAUAAUGUCUUACAUGAAUGCAUUAAUAAUCUAGUUAACACCUGUAAAGUUGUCUGUUUCCUUUAGGGAAGAAAGGGGAGAAAACACAAUAACCCCAAAACAGUGGAAAGAUGGGUCCUGUCCAAAUGUCAUCAGUUUGACCGGUUUUAAGGAAAUGAAAAGCUGAGAAAACAACGAAACACGUUUCUGAUAAGACUUCAGUUCCUCUUGGGUGCAUAUUUUAUGUGGUUGAAAUACUGUCUGCUUGCAUAACAGUGUCAAAGAUAACACAUUACUUGUACAUUAGCAUUUUCUCAAGAGAUGCCACUCCUGUUCCUGAGACAAAAUUAAUAUUUGGUGUAUAAUUUUACUGCACGAAAUGCAUAAUUCUACAGGAGUUAAUAUUAUAUUAUGCUACAUGUGAGAGGUUAUAGGCCUACAGUGUGUCCAUAUUUCAGUUACUAGCCCAUAUGAACUUAAAUGAGGAAUAUUCAGUUUAUUCAUGGUACAGGGAUACUCAUGAGCGGGAUAUCAAAGGUGCUUAUCCCGAAUAAGACCUUAAGCAGGGAUUUUACCUACUAUACGGAAUACUGUGCACAUGCAAACAUGGUCAGUGUUUCAUAGGGAAUCAUGUUACAAAACAGGUCGAGGAGACACGAGAUGCUCACAAAUGGUUUUUGGAAUAUUGACAAGUUGCAGUUGGGCAGGGCAUGCUCCAGGCAUAAGCCUGCUAGGGGGCCCUGACCCAAAACAUUUUUUUAAAUAAAAAAACAAAUACAAAAAAAUGUAGGAACUCAGUCAAGGGUCUCAACUUAUUGUUGGGAGUUAGAAUAGUAGAAUACACAAGGUGCAAGUUUGACAUUUGGUUGUGCAUCAGCAGUUUUUCUCAUGUUUUGUCAGUCACUGUCACGUUGGUUGAAGGACGGGUCAGACCAAGGUGAUAAGUGUACAUGUUUAUUGAACUGAUAAACACACAACGAAAACAACAAAGGAAACGAAACGUGAAGUCCAAGGUAGCACACACACAACAUACCUUACACGGAACAAGAUCCCACAACUAGACAGACCAAAUGUGGUCCUCUGUAGCUCAGCUGGUAGAGCACGGCGCUUGUAACGCUAAGGUAGUGGGUUCGAUCCCCGGGACCACCCAUACACAAAAAUGUAUGCACGCAUGACUGUAAGUCGCUUUGGAUAAAAGCGUCUGCUAAAUGGCAUAUUAUUUUUAUUAUUAUAUUAUAAUAGGCUGCCUAAGUGUGGUCCCCAAUCAGAGACAACGAGCGACAGCUGCCUCUGAUUGGGAACCACACCGGCCAAUGUAGAACUAAACAUACUAGACAAGCCACAUAGAAAAAGCACAACAAGGAAUAUACACACCCUGACUCAACAUAUAAGCGUCCCCUGAGUCAGGGCGUGACAGUACCCCCCAAAGGUGCGGACUCUGACCGCACAACAUAAACAUAACAGGAUAGGGGCCGGGUGGGCAUUCCGCCUCGGAGGCGGAUCCGGCUCAGGGCGUGACGACCUUUCACUCUCCGCCUCCCUGUUGCGCCCCUGGUCUGGUCUGGACCUCGGCGCGCUGCUUCCCCUCUCCUUCCUCCCACGAUACGCCAGGCCCUGUCUGGACCCUGGUGUGGAAGACCCCGAACCUGGAGAGGGGCUGACGUCAUGGUCUGGACUGGAGCCGCUGACCGGAGCUGGAUGGGGCACCGGUGGAGCGGACUGCUCUGGCUCCGGAGUGGAGCCGCUGACCGGAGCUGGAUCAGGCACCGGUGGAGCGGACUGCUCUGGCUCCGGAGUGGAGCCGCUGACCGGAGCUGGACUUGACCCCGGUGAAGCGGACUGCUCUGGCUCCGGAGUGGUGCAGCUGACCGGAACUGGAACGGGCACCGGUGGAGCGGACUGCUCUGGCUCCGGAGUGGAGCAGCUGACCGGAACUGGACUGGACCCGGCACCGGUGGACCGGGCACGGGCCGUGCCGGACAAAUGCACCACUGGUCUGGUGCGAGGAGCAGGCACGGGCCGGACCUGACUAGGAACACGCACCACUGGCUUGGUGCGAGGGGCAGGAACGGGCCGGGCCAGACUGGCGACGCGCACCACUGGCUUGGCGCGAGGAGCAGGAACAGGCCGGGCCGGGCUGGCGACGCGCACCACUGGCUUGGCGCGAGGAGCAGGAACAGGCCGGGCCGGGCUGGCGACGCGCACCACUGGCUUGGUGCGAGGAGCAGGAACAGGCCGGGCCGGACUGGCGACGCGCACCACUGGCUUGGUGCGAGGAGCAGGAACAGGCCAGGCCAGGCCGGGCUGGCGACGCGCACCACUGGCUUGGUGCGAGGAGCAGGAACAGGCCGGGCCGGGCUGGCGACGCGCACCACUGGCUUGGUGCGAGGAGCAGGAACAGGCCAGGCCGGGCUGGCGACGCGCACCACUGGCUUGGUGCGAGGAGCAGGAACAGGCCGGGCCGGACUGUGGAGGUGGACUGGAGGUCUAGAGCGGAGAGCUGGCACAACCCGUCCUGGCUGGCUGCCCACUUUCGCACUACACAUGCGGGGUGCUGGCACAGGAUGCACUGGGCUGUGCACGCGCACUGGCAAUACAGUUCGUAGAACUGGCGCAGGAUAUGCGGGACCAAGGAGGCGUACUGGAGACCAGGAGCGUUGAGCCGGCACACCCCGUCCUGGCUGGAUGCCCAUCUUCGCACGGCACGUGUGUGGUGCAAGCACAGGACGUACAGGACUGUGCCGGCGCACUGGCGACACAGUACGUAGCUCCGCAUAACACGGAGCUUGCCCAGUCAUACGCCUCUUCGCGUGAGUACGGGGAGUUGGCUCUGCUCUAACCCUAGGCUCCGCCAACCACCCCGUGUGCCCCCCCCAAAAAAAAAAUUAUUGGGGCUGCUUCUCGGGCUUCCUCCUCGACCGGCCUCCUCCGUGUUGCCGUUGCUCCUCUCCUGCCUGGGCAUCUAACUUAGCCAUGGUCCUUUCCCCGCAAAUAUCUCCUCCCAUGACCACAAAUUGGCCACCUGUGACAUGGCCAUCCGCUCCGCCUGGGCACUCUGCUUGGUCCUCGUUUGGUCGUUGAAGCGGAGACAACGUGAUACACUGAUAAACACAUACACAACGACAACAACAAAGGAAACGAAACGUGAAGUCCAAGGUAGCACACACACAACCUACCUUACACACGGAACAAGAUCCCACACUAGACAGUGCCAAUAGGCUGCCUAAGUUGUGUUCCCCAAUCGAGAGAUCAACGAGCGACACUUGCCUCUGAUUGGGAACCACACCGGCCAAACGUAGAACUAAACAUACUAGACAAGCCACAUAGAAAAAGCACAACAAGGAAUAUACACACCCUGACUCAACAUAUAAGCGUCCCCUGAGUCAGGGCGUGACAGUCACUGACAGUCACUCAAUUAGCCAUGCCAGCUAACACUUUUUUCAUUGGUAAGUUAGUCUAGGCAGUGUUUUUUUUACUUGUUGUAAUCAUGGCCGAAUACCGACCGGGGCAUGCAGGGGGCCCCCAUAUUUUUUUUGUCACUCUUACUCAGAUAUCAUUAACAUGGCAUAAGUCAUUGCAAAAUGUGUAUAAUUGCAGGAAAUUAGCUUUAAAACUGCAACAAUUUGUCUUUGCCCCAUAGCAAAAUGAGUAGAAUUGCAAGAAUUUUUUUAUAAAAUUGCAAACUUUUCUCUGCCCCAUGGCAAAAUGGGUAGAAUUGCAGAAAAUUUGCUUUAAAACUACAAAAAUGUAUCUCUGCCCAAUGACAAAAUGUAAUUUUUCGCUCCGCCGUCAAAAGAGGGGGGGGGCACAUCAACAUGUUGCCCGCUUGGUGGGGGGCCCCCCAACCAAAUCUCGCUUAGGGCUCCCAAAAGGCUAGGGCUCCCUGCAGUUACAAGUGCACUCUAAUCAUCUCAAUUCUCAUUUUGCCCCCCAAAAAGUGGCAGACUCGAGUGAUCACUAUCAAACACAUCAGCAAGUGGCCACUCCAUAAACGGCUUAGGGCCAAGUGUUUUCAACAACAAGUUUGAGGCGCUGCGUAAUGGGCAAGUCUGUUUCACUGUCUGGAGGUUCUGGCUGCUAUGAUUGGAUAGAGCAUGUGUAGCUGAUAGAGGACAAUCACAGCUGCUUCUCUUGUGGUAGUGGGCACUGGGCAACUGGGCAUGAUCCCAACCCUUCAGUAAGUUGUGAUGAACUCACAAAACUCUGUUUUGGACGAGACUGAAUUUAUGACCAAAAUUAUCCUAAUUAUACUUUGUAGUCAAUUUUGACACUAUAAUUAAUGUUUCGGACUUAUAUCGAUGCCACAUGCCGUUUUAAACAAGAUACGUUUGUUCUAAGGAGCAGUUGACCUUUAAAGCCAAUGUUAUUGAUACAUUCUGAAGAAUAUUAUUAUAUAUUCUAGUCUAGUGUAUUGGUAAAAUAUUUAUGUGAGCAGUCUAUUUGUUCUUAUGAGUUUAUUAUAUGAUUACAUUAUUAUACAAACGUUCAAUUCAAUAAUAAUAAGAUGUCAUUAUUUGUAUAGUCAAGAAUGAUGCAAUCAUGGUAUUGGCUCAUGUGAUAUUUUUUCCCGCGGAAAAUUGCAGUUCUCCUGGCCAACAUAAGUGCGCUGUCUGCCAUCCGAUACCUGCGGAGAAGAGGCAGGGAAGAGGCAACUGGAGAGAAGCCGUUACGUCAAGCACCCUCCAUCUGAUACAGGAACAGUCAGCAUGCACAGCUACAGUAUGUCAUUCCUAACUUUACCACUUUCUCCCAUGGAAACGGAAUACAUCUGGGGUGCUUUGACGGUCAGUCCUAUCCGGGUUCCUUGGGAUGUCCCCACCCUACCCUAACCUUAACCCUUAC